AUGGGCUUGUUAACGAAAGUUGCUACAUCUAGACAAUUCUCUACAACGAGAUGCGUUGCAAAGAAGCUCAACAAGUACUCCUAUAUCAUCACUGAACCAAAGGGCCAAGGUGCCUCCCAAGCCAUGCUUUAUGCCACUGGUUUCAAGAAGGAUGAUUUCAAGAAGCCUCAAGUCGGUGUUGGCUCCUGUUGGUGGUCCGGUAACCCAUGUAAUAUGCAUCUAUUGGACUUGAACAACAGAUGUUCUCAAUCCAUUGAAAAGGCCGGUUUGAAGGCUAUGCAGUUCAAUACCAUCGGUGUUUCCGAUGGUAUCUCUAUGGGUACCAAGGGUAUGAGAUACUCAUUGCAAAGUAGAGAAAUUAUUGCAGACUCUUUUGAAACCAUCAUGAUGGCACAACACUACGAUGCCAAUAUUGCAAUCCCAUCAUGUGACAAAAACAUGCCUGGUGUCAUGAUGGCCAUGGGUAGACACAACAGACCUUCCAUCAUGGUUUAUGGUGGUACUAUCUUGCCUGGUCACCCAACUUGUGGUUCUUCGAAGAUCUCUAAAAACAUCGAUAUUGUCUCUGCUUUCCAAUCCUACGGUGAAUAUAUCUCCAAGCAAUUCACUGAAGAAGAAAGAGAAGAUGUCGUAGAACACGCAUGCCCAGGUCCUGGUUCAUGUGGUGGUAUGUACACUGCCAAUACAAUGGCCUCUGCCGCUGAAGUGCUAGGUUUGACCAUUCCAAACUCUUCUUCCUUCCCAGCGGUUUCUAAACAGAAGUUAGCUGAGUGUGAUAACAUUGGUGAGUACAUCAAACAGACAAUGGAAUUGGGUAUCUUGCCCCGUGAUAUCCUCACCAAGGAAGCUUUUGAAAACGCCAUUACUUAUGUCGUUGCAACUGGUGGGUCCACUAAUGCUGUUCUGCAUUUGGUGGCUGUUGCUCAUUCCGCAGGUGUCAAGUUGUCACCAGAUGAUUUCCAAAGAAUCAGCGAUACUACACCAUUGAUCGGUGACUUCAAACCUUCUGGUAAAUACGUCAUGGCUGAUUUGAUCAACGUUGGUGGUACGCAGUCUGUGAUUAAAUACCUAUACGAAAACAACAUGUUGCAUGGUAACACAAUGACUGUCACCGGUGACACUUUGGCAGAACGUGCUAAGAAGGCCCCAAGUCUACCUGAAGGACAAGAGAUUAUUAAGCCGCUCUCUCACCCAAUCAAGGCCAGCGGUCACUUACAAAUCUUGUAUGGUUCAUUAGCACCAGGUGGAGCUGUCGGUAAAAUUACCGGUAAGGAAGGUACUUACUUCAAAGGUACAGCACGUGUAUUCGAAGAGGAAGGUGCCUUUAUUGAAGCCUUGGAAAGAGGCGAAAUCAAGAAGGGUGAAAAAACCGUUGUUGUUAUCAGAUAUGAAGGUCCAAGAGGUGCCCCAGGUAUGCCUGAGAUGCUAAAGCCUUCCUCUGCUCUGAUGGGUUACGGUUUGGGUAAAGAUGUUGCAUUGUUGACUGAUGGUAGAUUCUCUGGUGGUUCUCACGGGUUCUUGAUCGGUCACAUUGUCCCAGAAGCUGCUGAAGGUGGUCCUAUCGGGUUGGUCAGAGACGGUGACGAAAUCAUUAUCGAUGCUGAUAACAACAAGAUUGAUCUAUUAGUCUCUGACAAGGAAAUGGCUCAACGUAAACAAAGCUGGGUUGCACCUCCACCUCGUUACACAAGAGGUACUCUAUCCAAAUAUGCUAAGUUGGUUUCCAACGCUUCCAACGGUUGUGUUUUAGAUGCUUGA